AUGACCUCCACCACCAGUUCUACCCCAAGCUUGGCUCCAGGCUUGUCUUUUACAGAUGCCCGCGGUCGCACUUAUACAAUUGCAUCCGAUGAUAACGAGACUGCCAGCAACCUUUCCGGUCCGGGACGCCUCGUCGGAAACGCGAUAUCGCGAGCAGGCAAGUACCUGCAGCGAAUCAUCACGCGCAGCCAGCGCCGCACUCAAGUCCCACCUCCAUACGCCCUUCGGCUCGUACCCCUCUCCGCAAUAUUUCCGACGUGCCCAGAGACCGGGUGGACCGUCAUAGAUCGCCCGGUCCUCUUAAGGGACGGACUACACCCCAUCUUCUUUGAAGACAUCAACCGGUGGACGGCGAUGAAUAAUCAGGCAGAGUGUCCAUCUGUAUAUUCCUCCACCUCCUCCAUUUGCGACCAGCCAGACGGCCCGUUUGAGCCCAUAAUUAUGCACCAAUCAACGAGGCUCCCCAUGAGAGUACAAGCGGGGGUGCCGUAUUGGGCACAUCCCGACACUGGACUCUCUCGUCCCGAAGUUGUCGCGCGUCGGUCGGUUUCCGAUGGGUGGGAAUACACGAACCACGAUGAGAUGACAGACGAACACACCAAUGCAGCUGAGCCAUUAGCUUCAAGCUCCGAAGCGGUGUAUAACGGUUGCACCAAGUUCAAUUGCCGAUGUACGAACAUACGGAAGGAAGGCGACCGGGCAGGUUCCCAUUCAGUGGAGCGUAAUGGUGAUCACUACCUUCAAAACGAUUUGGAUGGAGGAGGCGGCAAUGACAGCAUACUGACAACGCCGGAGAUGACCGCCUGGUCUAUCACAGCUGUUGCCGGCAGCUGCGGAGAGCCUUGUUGCGAUGGCGCGGGCUCAUCGUACAAUGAUCGAUUUCCCCCCACUGGCAUGCGCAAGAAACCUUCCGUUUCUAUGCCGGCUGCCUCAACAACUUGGCCUGUGCCAAACUCAAUUCCAACUUCCUCGAUGCCGGUCCUCGCGCAGGGUAGAGGACCAACUUUCAUCUCGUCGUCGACUCCGGAGGCACUUCGCACCCCAUCAGCUCCUCAAUUCGUGUUCACGGAACUGGCUUACGACUAG